AUGAGAGCGAUGAAGGAGUAUGCAAUCGUGAUCAGAGAGAACGUGGCGGCUGGGGGUUACUCCCGAAAAACGGAGGAAGGGUUCAGGGAUGUGGUUGACAAGAUGCUGGACGAGUUUAAGGAGAAGGCGAAGGAUUUUGGAUUGGAAGGUGGUGACAAGAAUAUUAUGCAUGUGCGGGGGAUUGUCGAAUUACAUCAUCAAGAAAUCGAAAUCCUUCACGAGCUUCUGACGGCGGAGGAGGUGGUGGAGAUGGCUCGACAAGGAGAGAAGCACAAGUCGGAGGAUGACGAGUACCUGAUGAAGGUGAUUGUCAUGAAAGUGAUGAAGGAGUAUACAAUGAAAGAUCAGAGAAAAUGCGGCGGCGGGAGCCUACUCCCGAAAAGCGGAAGACGAAUUUAG